AACUACAGCUACGACACCAGCAGAAGCGGACUGUAAGUGGGGUGACUGGAGUCCCUGUGACGCGCCAUGCGGAGGCGGUAUUCAGCGGAGAUCAAUGGACUGCUGUGACUGCACGCCCAGGGUGGCAAUCCGGUCCUGUAAUCGUGAUCCCUGCCCAGUCGACGGAGCCUGGGGCCCUUGGUCUGCCUUUGGCGCCUGCUCUCGCAGCUGUGGAGGCGGAGAACAGAUCCGCACACGCAGCUGUAACAGCCCCCCAGUGGCCGGUGAUGGACAGCCUUGCCAGGGCCCCUCAGCUGAGAUACAGGCUUGUAACGACCAGGGCUGUCCCGUUGACGGCCAAUGGGGAGACUGGUGUUGCUCAUGGUCAGAAUGCAGCGCCACCUGUGGAGGAGGUCAGCGCACGCGCACUAGGCAGUGCAGCAACCCAGCCCCAGCCAAUGGCGGCGCAGACUGUGUUGGAAGUGGUAUUGAAGAGGAGAUGUGUAACACACAGCCAUGUCCUACCGAUGGCGGUUGGUCAAACUGGUCCGACUGGUCAGCCUGCAACGUAAAUUCGUGCACCUGUUCACGCACGCGCACUUGCUCCUCUCCGGCACCGGAAAAUGGUGGAAAACCAUGCAUGGGUGACCUAGUGAACCGACGAGCGUGUUUUGUCUUUUGUUGUCUACCUGACUUCGCCCGCUCUCUUGGACUAGGAGGGCGACUUCCAGGCCCCUUUGGUGGAAUGGGCUUUGGUGGAAUGGGCGGGGGACGUAGCUUAGGCGGAAAGAGCUGGAUGCGAUGCUGAAGUCAGAGUCAUGUGAACGCAGUCAACAUAGGUGCUUUUAAAGUUCAUUUAUUUACCUUUGGUUCUGGUUUAAGUUUUAUUUUACGUGGCCUUUUAAAGCAAGGUUAAAAGCAGAGUUUGGCAUUAAACAAAGUAUCGUCCAUCGUAGAAGGAGGUAAUUUUGUCGCGGUUGCUUCUGUAAAACCUCAUUGAUUCUUGUAACUGAAAACUUUUGAUUAUUUGACUUCUUGCUUAUCUGCACCAAAUGAAAGUAUUUGAUUGUAGAGCUGAUUUAAUUCGAAAUUUUAAGUUUUAAUUUAGCCUUCUGUCGUGGGUUGGGGGUAAUUAAGUAAUCUUAUUAAAGAUAAAGUGAUAUUUGUACCGAAUGGAACGCUUAAUGCAACUCAAUAAACCUAACAAAC